AUGCGUCGCAGAGCUCAAACACGGAGUUUUGCAUUGGGAUCUAUCAUAAGGAGCAAGACAACCCUGGAGGGCUGGAGGUUGCCCAAGCAGGAGUCUAGCUGGGCUCCUCCCGGAACAUGGACAAACAUCGAUCUUGAUGUAACUCCGCCAGAGCGUCGCACUUGGACGAGCUGGGCAAUCUUAGGCUAUUGGAUCAGUGAUGUGAUUAGUGUUCAGAGCUGGGAAACAGGGAGCACAAUUCUUGCAGUUGGACUGACAUGGCGCGAGGCAAUUUUGGGUAUUAUUCUCGGCUCCAGCGUCAUGGCUGUGCCGAUGACUCUCAAUGGGUACGCGGGUUCGAAGACACAUGUGCCGUUCGCCGUCCUUGCGCGAAGCUCGUUUGGUUAUCAUUUCGCAAAAUUUGCUGUUGUCGUACGCCUCAUAACUUGUCUUUUCUGGCAUGCCAUUACCAACUAUCUCGCAAUAGCGCCAACAACGCAAGUCAUUCGCUCAAUAUGGCCAUCAUACCGGGAUGUACCGAACCAUAUCCCGGAAUCCGUUGGAAUCACGACGCAGGAGAUGGUAUCGUAUUUUAUAAUUUGGACUAUACAAUUUCCACUCCUGACGAUUCCACCACACAGAAUGAAGGGGCUUUUUGUGAUCAAGUGUGUGAUGAUAAUGGCCACUAUGUUGGGCAUGGUGAUCUGGAUCUGCUCUCGAGCCGGCGGUUCAGGCAGUAUUUGGAACGAGAAAGCAACUGUGUCCGGACCAACAAAGUCGUGGUUGAUUAUGUGGUCAAUCAACAGCUGCACAGCUAGCUGGUCGACUGUCGGAACGAACAUACCUGAUUUUACUCGAUAUGUUAGAGCACCGACCACAUCGCUCUCACAAGGUAUAUGGUUCCCUGUCGUUUGCAGCUGGGUCUCUAUUAUAGGCAUCGUUGUUACAUCCGCAUCAUACACGGUCUACGGGGAUUAUCUAUGGGACCCAAUCUCGAUUAUAGAUACCUGGGAAGGUCCUGCUGGUAGGGCAGCUGCAUUCUUUGCCGGCCUUAGCUGGUGUUUGGCACAAGUCUGCGUCAACAUCUCCGCAACUGUCAUCAGCGGCGCAAACGAUAUGGCAAGUUUAUGGCCGGAAUGGAUCAAUAUCAAGCGAGGCGCUAUUAUCCUCACGAUAAUCGGAGGCUGGGCUAUGGUUCCAUGGAAAAUUCUAUACUCUGCAUCGUCGCUGCUCAGCUUCAUGAACUCAAUGGGCAUCUUCCUAGCCCCUAUUAUCGGCAUUCUAAUCGCAGAUUUCUUCGUUGUAAAACGUCAGGCAAUCGAUAUCCCGGCCCUAUAUCAGCCUCGUGGCCGAUACGCUUAUUGGUACGGAAUCAACUGGCGCGCAGUUGCUGGACUUGUGGCUGCUGUUGGGCCUACCCUUCCCGGGUUGAUCAAUGCAGUGAACUCUGAUAUAUCGAUUGGAGGUGGGGUUUAUAUCACCGAUCUCAACUUUUAUUAUGGAUUUUUGAGUUCGUUUGGUGUAUACUCUGUUCUGAGUUUGCUGGUACCGGCGCGGGAGACGCUCGUUCCCAGGAUGCUGGUGACAUCCGAGGAAUGUAUCGAGGAGGGAGAUUUUUCCCAGGCAGAGAAGGUCGACAACAAAGAGAAAAUAGUAUCCACUGUUAAUAUGCAGAAUGACUAG